AUGGCAUCCCCAGACUCGACCUACGCCUCCCCAAAAUGGUGGAAGGAAGCCAUCGUAUACCAAGUGUACCCGUCGUCCUUCCAGUCCCACCCCGGCAACGCGACAGGCUGGGGAUCGGUCAAGGGCAUCACGUCGAGGCUCGACUACCUCAAAGAGCUCGGCAUCGACGUGCUGUGGACAUCGCCAAUCUACAAGUCGCCCCAGGCCGACAUGGGCUACGACAUCGCCGACUACAAGGACAUUGACCCCUGCUACGGGACGCUGGCCGACGUGGACGACCUCAUCCGCGAGCUGAAGCGGCGAGACAUGCGCCUGGUGAUGGAUCUGGUUGUGAACCACACCAGCAACCAGCAUGCUUGGUUUCUCGAGAGCAAGAGCAGCAAGACGAACCCCAAACGCGACUGGUACAUCUGGAAGGCGCCCAAGAGCAUCAACCCCGACGGCAGCCCCGAGCCGCCAAACAACUGGGCUCAGAUUCUCGGCGAAGCGAACUCGGCUUGGAACUAUGACCAAGUCACGGGCGAGUAUUACCUUGGCCUGUUCACUCCCGAACAGCCCGACCUGAACUGGGAGAAUCCCGAGGUGCGAGAGGCCGUCUGGGACGUCAUGCACUUCUGGCUGAAGCGCGGCGUCUCCGGGUUCCGCAUGGACGUCAUCAACCUGAUCUCCAAAGUGCCCUCGUACCCCGACGCACCGCUCAUCCUAGGCCCCGAGCACAAGUACCAGCCUGGCCAGAAGUUUUUCGUCAACGGGCCCAAGCUGCACGACUACCUCACCGAGAUGAACCGACGGGUACUGAGCAAGUACGAAGCCCUUGCGCUGGGCGAAAUGCCCUUUGUGUAUGACGAGGACGAGAUCCUAAAGGCCGUCGGCGCCCGGUCCGGAGAGCUCAACAUGAUCUUCAUCUUUGGCCUCGUCGACAUCGACAAUCCGAACGUGCGCAUGGCGCUCAAGCCGUGGACGGUGCGCGAGAUGAAGGCCAUCAUCACGCGCUGGCAGCGCACCAUGAUUGAGAAAGACGGCUGGAACACCGUCUUCAUCGAGAACCACGACCAACCGCGCUCCGUGUCGCGGUAUGCCGACGACAGCGAUGAAUGGAGAGACAAAGGGGCAAAGCUGCUCGCGCUGAUGCAGACCACGCUGGGCGGCACCCUGUUUGUGUAUCAGGGAGAGGAGAUUGGGAUGCGUAAUGCGAGGUCGGGCGAGUGGCCACCGGAGGCCUUUCGAGACGUUGAGACCAUCAACUACUGGAAGAAGGUCCAGACACUGUAUGCCAACGACCCCGACAUGCUGUCGCUGGGCCGGAAGGUGAUGGACAUGAAGGCGCGGGACCACUCGAGAACCCCGAUGCAGUGGAGUGCAGCGCCGAAUGCGGGAUUCUGCGACCCGGAGGUCACGCCAUGGAUGAGAGUCAUGAGCGACUACAAGACGGUCAACGUCGAAUCGCAAAUGCAGCAGCAGUCGGGCGAAGGCAGUGGUGGUGAGCUGACCACCUGGCAGUUCUGGCAGCGUUGCUUGAAGAACCGCGCAGAGCACAAGGAGGUGUUUGUCUAUGGCGAUUUCCACGACCAGAAUCCUGCCGACCCGAAUGUUUACGCCUAUAUUCGGACGAGCAGCGUGGACAGUGGAGACCGGUGGUUGGUGGUGCUGAACUUUUCCGGGCAGAAGCAGAGCUUUGUGCUUCCUAAGGCGCUGAAAUUGGAGUCCUGGGCGUGGGGCAAUUACGCCCCCGAGAAGACGCAACGGAAACCACCUGGGAGGGCUGUGGAUCUGCAAGAGUGGGAAGGUCUGAUUGGAAAAAUCAGGAGUUAG